AUGUCCAACUACUACUACAUCUACGUCGGCCCCUUCGAGGCCGACAGCAUCCCCACCAUCAAGGACUAUCUCGUCGCUGCCCGCGCCAAAAUCCGCACGACCAGCCAACACGUCAUCCUGCGACGCUACAAUGAGGCCCUCACCAAGGACCACCUCCUACUCGUCAUUUACUCGAACCACUUGAUCAACACGGACGAGGGUAGACACGAUGUGCUGCAGGACGCCGUCGCCGCCGUCACUGCGCAUAUCAAACACAUGCAGGAGCAGGAACAGCUGUGUCUGUACCUGCUGCCGUCCUUCGAGACCACUCCAUUCGAGCCCGUCAGCGGAAAAUGGGUUCCCGACGAUGGGCCCAGGGUGACCAGCCAGAGUCGCCAUUCAGGUUGCUAG